AUGGAGAUAACCACUAUGGUGUUGGAUCGCAGGCCUCCUGCCCUACCAGAGUGCAACGUUUCACCUUCCACCUUGGCCUUCGACCAGCGUUUCACAUCAACUGCUCAGGGGAUCUUGCUCAUUGCCGAAAUAGUGUGUGGCAUAAUGGUGUGGAUUCUGUUGGCAGGCACUGAUUAUUUUAAUCUCUCUGCCUUGUGCAUGGCCCUCUUUGUUUCCAUCACUUGCUGGGUCAUCACCCUGUGCCUCUUUAUAAUUUACCUUACCGGGACCCAAAACAGGAUACCCAAGGUCCCCUGGACUACACUGUCAGUGUGUUUGAACAGUGGUGACACAGCUCUCUAUCUGCUGAUAGCAGUGCUAGAAGUUUACUCACUGAAGACUACUGUCGCCGGACGUCACAACUACAACUGCUGGGCUGCGUCGGCUUGUUUCGCAUUCCUGACAGCAGUGUCUUAUGGAGGCAGCAGCUAUCUCAGCUACCGUGCCUGGAAAGCCACUAAAGAAGAGCAAUAGUACUGUGUCUUAUUUUGUUGUGUUUCCCUGUCAAGGAAUGUGUGCUCUUAUUGUAAGAGGCCAAUGCUUAUUCCAGUCAAACCUGUACAACUAUGCCACAUAUGAGCGUAGACGCCAUCAACUAGCUUUUGAUAAGCAGGAAAACAAUGUAAAAAACAAACGAUGAUACAUUCAGUUCAGAUCAGUUCAGUUCAGUUCAGUUUCAGUUUAUUUCGAACAUGCAUGCGAUGCAAUGUAAUGCAUCACAUAUUUCUAGUUGUUUCAUUACAGCACGUCCGAAAAGGAGUAGGAAGAAGCUGAGCUUAUUUAAUCCUACCCCUUUUCAUACCAUAGCAAUUUUACCCCAUUUCCUUGUUCUCUGUAACAGAACAGUGAACAAAUGAUAUACCAUAGUAAGUAAACAAAUAUUAAAUACAUACAGUAAAUAUUCUUUAUCUAAAAAAAAAGAAAAAAAAAGAGGGUUCAAUAUCUUCAUCAUAAUUAUUGUUCUGUGUACUUUGUGAACACUUGUACUUUGAACAGUCUCUUAGACUGAGUCAUAUUGGUGCUUUGUUUUAUUUCCUUAGGUAAUCCAUUCCAUAAUGUAAAUCCACAUACGGGUAUGCUAAAGGUUUUAGGUGCUGUACGAGCAUACAGAUGUACAACUAAAUGUCUGAGCAAGAAUUAAGCUAAAUAUUCAGAAAAUAUGCAAAUAUCUCACCAUUUUUCGCUCUCUCAACGCGCUCAUAUAGGCCCAAAUCUCUGAUAGCCAGUGCUGGAAAUGCAGAAGUGCAGUGCCAGUGAGGAGAAAGAGCGAAACAUGAUAGAUCAUUAAUAAUGGUGCUUGUGAUUGUGCAUGAAAAAGUUGAAAACAAGGCAAUCAAACAGCUGUGAGAGCUUGGUUGGCUGGUAAAAUGUAUUUCGAAAAAUGUAUACAGUAUCAAUAUUAUACAUCACAUAUUUUACAUAUUUUCUUUAGAUGUCCAAAAAGGAGUAGGUAGAAGCAGGGAUUAUCUAAUCCUCCUCUUUUCUUAUGGACUCUGCGUUCUGCCUUAUUUAUGGGAAACAAAACUUGAAUGACUCUCCACCUCGCUGUGGGCAGUCGCUACACGUUCGUUGUGCAUAUUGAUUUUAAAAACGUUCCACACCGUAGCAAUUAUUAACACAUAGUAUCCUGUUCUCAAUUUACAUCAAUAUGUUCUAAAUACAUCAGCUCUCAUCAUAAGUAGUUGAAUCAGUUACGAUUUGCUUAAUGAGAUGGAUGAUAUUUAAUUUUAAAUAAAUAAACCUUCAAGGUACUCAAAGCGCUUUGACACUAUUACCACAUUCACACACACAUUCACACACUGAUGGCGGGAGCUGCCAUGCAAGGCGCUAACCAGCAGCCAUCAGGAGCAAGGGGUGAAGUGUCUUGCCCAAGGACACAACGGACGUGACUAGGAUGGUAGAAGGUGGGGAUUGAACCCCAGUAACCAGCAACACUCUGAUUGCUGGCACGGCCACUCUACCAACUUCGCCACGCCAUCCCCAACCCAAACACAUGUCAUUUAUCAGAAUUCUUCUUCUUUGUACUUUGUAAACACUUGUAAUUUGAACUGCCUCUUUAACUGGAUCAUAUUAGCAUUUUGUUUGAUUUCUUUACUUAAUCCAUUCCAUAAUUUAAUUCCACAUACUGAUAUGCUAAAUGAUUUAAGUGUUGUACUUGCAUGCAGAUGUUUUAAGUUAGAUUUUCCUCUAAGGUUAUAUUUCAACUCUUUUGUUGAGAAGAAUUGUUGGACAUUCCUGAGUAGCAGGCUAUAGUUUGCUUUGUGCUUAAUUGUAGCUGUUUGCAAAUGCACCAAAUCAUUGAAUUUCAAUAUUCUGGAUUUUAUAAAGUGUUUGUAUGUGGUCUGUAUCCAACAUUAUGUAUUAUUCUGGCUGAUCUUUUUUGUAACACAGUUAGAGAAUAAAGUGUAAUUUAGUAAUUAUUUCCCCAUAUUUCUGCACAAUAACUCGGAUAUGGUGACACUAGCGAGCAGUAGAGAACAUGAAGUGAACUUUACUUCUGCGUCAGACAGAACUUAGGAUAACUUGUUUCUCUUGGUUCUUACACUGAGUCAGUGUGUAUUAUUUCAUAUAUGUAUCUUUAUUAUUUCGCUGUGUUGUUACUUAUAUGAUUGUGUCACAUAUGAACAUUAAUUUGCUGUAAACAGUGUGAUCAUGGUCAUGUUAUGUUGCAACCUGCACCGAGUUGACACACUCCCUUUAGAGUUGGUUUUAAGAAUAUGCUUUCAGUGGCCUUGUGGAUUAUAUCAUGGGUUCUUAACCUUUUUGCCCUCGUGGCCUGACCUAUCCAAUACAGACGAGCCCGUGGCCCACUUAAAUAUUAACACUUACUUUUGAUUUUAUCGUAUUCAGUAAUUACAUCUAACCUGCUUAGAGUACAGUCCAGCAGGAUAAACCUUGUCAAAUGAUAUGAAACCAUGUGUUAAUCACAAAAAAUAUUAUCAAGGCUGAGGUCAGGAGGGUUACAAUAUAUAUACUAAAAAAAUAUACUGCAGAAAAAAAGAUGUCUCAUAAAAACUGAUGACAAAUAAAUGUACAGUACAUACAAUUAUGGAGCGCUAAAAAAUAAAUAUAUUCUAAUUAAAAUAAUAACAAAUGAAAAUGAUAUGUUCUUAAAUAAAAUGUUGAUAAAAUUAAAGUUCAAAUGAAAAUUCAGCUUCACCACUUUAGUCAUAAUUUUUGCGUGUAGGAAACUUCUGUGUGACUUUGGCUCUAGACUUUGUGUGUUUGAUAUUGUCAUUAGGGGUGUAAUGUAAUAAAAAUGUAAUUUCAUUACAUUAUUGUGGCAGAGCAAAAUAUUGAUACUGUGGUGGGCCCUAGGACCAUGCUCACACUCAGCAGAAUGGGUGUGGUUUUUAUGUCUUCUUGGGCACACUGUUAAGGGGCCGUUGUUGUGAUAUGAACAUUCAUGUUG